AUGUCUUCCUACACAUCAGAAUAUCCUGCUGGCAACAAGUUUGACCCAGAAUACAAGACUUUCUUUGAGAAGUUCUACGAGACAUCUGAUACUCCUACUGCUCAUGAAGAAUACUCCAAGCAGUUUACGCAAGAUGCAACCUUGAUCAUGGCUUCCAAGAAAGUUCAAGGUCGUGAAGAAAUCUUGUCUCUGCGUAAAGGAAUGUGGGAAAAGGUAAACCGACGAAAGCAUACAGCGCUAAAGAUAUUCCCGUUCGGCCCCGACUCGAACGAAGUCAUGCUCUACGGUAUCGUAGAGUACGGUCUGAAAGACGGCCGAGAAGCUGCGGUUGAUUGGGCUGCUCGUGCACACCUAGUCAAACAAAGCGGUGCAGUCAUGAUGGACUUCUAUCAAGUAUACUUGGAUACUGCUGCACAGAAUCCGAGCAAGUAA